AUGCGCAAGCACGUGUGGAGCGAAAGUGAGGACUGCUUGCCUUUUCUGCAGCUCGCACAGGAUUACAUCUCCUCCUGUGGGAAAAAGACACUCCAUGAAAUAUUGGAAAAAGUCUUCAAAUCCUUCAGACCCUUACUUGGGCUUCCAGAUGUCGAUGAUGAUGCAUUUGAAGAAUAUAAUGCAGAUGUGGAAGAAGAGGAACCAGAAGCCGAUCACCAACAGAUGGGUGUCAGUCAGCAGUGA